CUUAGUCUGAUGAUGGCAACUGAAUUAAUCUAUGUAACCAGUGUGGAACAAAAUUGUAGUUUUCAGAUUUGUGUAUUUUUCUAAUACAGAAAUAACUCUAUAUAAUAUUAUAUAUGUAUACAAAUAUUACGAAGUUCUGAAGGAAAUUAAUAGGAAGAACACAGAUGUGAAUUAAUCUAGUUUAAUCUAAGAACUGACCUCGAGGUUAUAAAACUUUUAUCUGAGAUCUGCCUUGAAUUUAAGGAUUUUCAUUGAUUUACAUUCUCUGUUGGUUUCUGACCAAUGAAAUACCUGAGAUCUGUUUUUUGUGCUUAUUAAAAUUUUUUAUAACUGUGGACCCUGGUCUAUAGCGGGAAUCACCUGUCUAAUAUAAGGAGCUGCCCAUUCAGGCAUUCAUUGAAUAAUAUCAUACUAACCGAUAUAAAGGUCAAAGUUAAUGUGUCAUGUUUAACUGAUAUCAUUACAUUUCCCUCUCUUUCAAUAAAUAUUCAAAUUGUUUACUUGUAACUGUUUUAAAUAUCAAUAAGCAUGCCAGCGUGUUCUGCUAUAUCUGAUCAUAGUUUUUACUAGCUGUUCAUUAUUUAGUUGGUAUACAUUUUCCCUGGUUUUGCUUCCAGAUUCAUAGAUGGAAAAGUUCAUUUCAGAUAUUUAAGCAGGUAAACAGAUUAAUUUUGCAUCAAGCCAUUACCCCUUUGAUAUUUUGUAAUACCCCUGCCCAGGUUUUGAAUUUGGGACUGCUAAGUAGAAGUGGCAUCAAAACAUGAUAAGCAUGCAGGCAACAGUAUAUAGGACCUUACACAUCAGACUUCCUAAAUGAAGAAGCAAUCCCAGGGCUCUUGAAUUUUUGACUGGUUGAAUAAACAAAUUGCUUAAGCUGCUUAAACAUUAAAAUGCCAUGACUUGUAUUCCCUAUAGAACUCCUAUUACGUAUUCUUUACAGUACAUUUAAUAAGUUACAUCAAUACUAAAUUAAGUCCUUCCCACAGAAUGUUACAUGAUGUGGAUCUUAAUGUAUCUUUGAGUGUAUGAAGUAUGAUUUAUUGACAUUAUCAGAGUGGGAAAUAUUAUCAAGUGAAAAAAUUAAAACAAUCUUUUUUUUUUUUAUUGUGAAUUAACAUAACAUGAAAUUAAAGGAUAAUUAAUAAUGCACAAAUUGUAAAUGAGAAGGGAACAUUUUAAUAGAACUUUUUAUAUAUUUUAUAUAAAAGCAUGAAAAAACGUCUUUUUAAAAUGCAAAAAUGGAAUUGUGCUUAGUGGGUGAACUUAUGUGGAAUAUAAAGAAAUUUUGAUUAGUUAUCACAAAUUUGGUUCUUGUUGUUAUUGUUUUUAGACUAAUCAUGUUACAAACAGUUUCAUAAUGCAUGUGCAUGUUAUUCUGUUGUGUUGUGCUAUAUUACAAACGAAGCAAAUUGAAGGCUCUUUGGCUACAUUGAGCAAUGACUCAAACUGUUUUGAUGGAGACAAAAAUUGCACUGAUGGUGAGAGAAGAAAUGAAAAUACCUCACAAGAAACUCUAGCUCAAGAACAUACACUUCAUUUUACAAAGCAGACAAAUGGCGAUGAAAGGUUCAAGAUGACAAGAUUGUUGGAUGUGGCACAAAUGGUUUCUGUACUCACUGGACACAACAUAAAGAAUCUGUUUUCAAAGUUAAUUAUUACAUACAACAACUUGUUAAAUACCUACUCAAAACAAGCAACAGUAAUAGCUCAGCAUAUGGCUGCAAUUAACUUUAAAUUGAAAAAACUGGAGCAAGAUUUAAACACUUUGUGUGCAGAUUUAGCUCAAAAAUAUGAAACGUCCAAACCCGAUAUAAAGUUUGCUGUGAAAAUAUUAUUAACUAAAGCAUUAGCUGAAAGAGAACUUGUCUAUAAAAGGAGAAUCUCCGAGUACAGGGUUCUACAGUGCGACAGGAUAAUGGGGAUGUAUUGUGAAACUGACCAAGAUUGCGUGUGUUACGGAUGUGGUUGUACAUUACUAUGCAAGAAAUCCGGAAUUUUCUGGUGGAAGAAGAGCGUUUGCAGAUGA